AUGCUCAACUUUCUGCAAUCGCUUGGAAACAAUUCCGCGCAGUCGAGCGACACAUCCGCUAAUUCAUUUACACCGCUCCCUGCGGUCGUGCUCCCGCGCGGAGAGCGGAUUGUGCACUCGCAGACGUGCCGAGUUUUGCGUGACGCACUCAUCCCCGCACGACUUGUCUUUACAGAAACCUACCUGUGCUUUGCAGCAUGGAAUAAGGAGGCAUCUUCCAUCCCCGAAAUGUCUUUCUCUUCUUGGACCCGCAAGAAAUCGUUGCUCCCGCACCAUUCUCAGAAAUUGUGGCUCGUGCUGCACACACAGUACCUAUGCUGGUACGACGAGCCGGAAAAAACACAGUUCUUGCGCGGAUACAUUGAUGUGCUCCGCAUCAAGCAGAUAGAAAAAGAUGUGUCGCGCCCGACACAUCUUGUGCUCCACGUACGCAACCACCACGACACGUUCAUCUUUGAAGACGAAGCGGAGCGCAACAAGUGGGCCGAACUUCUGGAAAAAGUUAAGAGCAACUUUGAGAAUGCAGGGGAGCUGCCGGCCAAGACAGUUGGCGACUUUCAGCACGGCAGUGUCGGCAUUCCCCUCGAGCGCAUCAUCGACGUAGUUUGCGACAAGUCCGAAUCGCUCGAAGCGAGCCUCUUGGGCAUCCGAGCCCUCACUGUGGAGGACGGUCCUUCGACCUGGGUCGACUUUUACUUUGCGGAUAUCGAUGAUCAAUACGCUAUCAUAAAGCUCAUGGCGAGCCUCAUCACGAAGCUGCAGGGCCCCGAAGCGCCCCACACACUCCCUGGGCUUGACUUGCUUCCUUUCGCGCCUUGGGCAUGGUCAAAAGAGGUGGGCGUCGAGGUGGAGAAGAGCAAACUGCAGGCAUUGAUUGCAGCAAACACGGGCCACGGACGCGUGCCCAACAUCAUUUGGACCGAUCAGGAGCAGGCGCCCGAGCCCACUGACGACGAAAGUGUGCACUCGUUUUCAUCGCAGGACAAGAGCAAGUCGUUCUUCAACGCGAUUACGCCCUCUUUUACGCUCCCAGGCUCAUCGACCAAACUCGACGGCAUUAUGAGCAAGCUGCACCUGCAUAAAAACUCGCGCGCUGCCGACGAUGACGCGAGUUCUUCCGACGACGACGACGACGACGAUGAUCAAGAGAAGCGCCCGGGCCUCCGGCAAAGACAGUUUGUCAAGUACUUCCCUGUCUCGGAAGCAGAACAUGUGCGGACUUCGGUAGGCGCUGCGCAUGGCCGUGUGCUUCCUACGCCAGGCCGCAUCUUUUUGAGCAAGCAUCACUUUGCAUUCCGCGCAAACAGGUUGGUAUCCGAGGUGACGAGCGGCACGCGCAUCUUUCUUUCGAUGAGCGAUAUUGUCAGUGUUACCAAGACCACCGCAUUGAACCUUUUUGGCGGCGGGCUUGUCUUGGUCCUCCGCGGUACGGAAGAACAGUUCUUUGACUUUCCCACGCGGCACGCCAGGGACAAGUGCUACGGCGAGCUCCAGGCGCAGCUGUACAGGAUUGAGGGAGAGCGCGAACUUGCGACUGCGAUGGAUCCUCCGCGGCACACUGAAACGAUGCCCGACAUCAGCAUCAAGCCACUGCACAUUACCAUGCUCACGAUCGGCUCGCGCGGCGAUGUUCAGCCCUAUGUGGUUUUGGCCAAGCGUUUGCAAGCGCUGGGCCACAGGGUCCGAAUUGCAACCCACCCCGAAUUCCGCGAGUUUGUCGAAGAGCACGGCGUGGACGAGUUUAGGGAGAUGGGUGGCGAUCCGUCCAAGCUGAUGAGCAUGGUCAUUGAGAAUGGCACGUUUUCCCUCAACUUCAUCCGUGCCGGCAUCGCGCACUUCCGCCCGUGGUUUGACGGCCUUUUGCAGUCCAGCUGGGAAGCCUGCCAAGGCACCGACCUGAUCAUUGAGAGCCCCAGCGUCAUGGCCGGGCCGCACAUUGCCGAUGCGCUUGCUGUGCCAUUGUACCACGCAUUCACCAUGCCCUGGACACAAACGCGCGCGUAUCCUCAGGCAUUUGCCGUGCCAAAGAGCCAUUCCGGCGGACAGUACAAUGCCAUGACAUACACGCUUUUCGAGCAGGUGCUCUGGAGCGCAACGUCGUCGCAAAUCAACCGCUGGCGCCAAAAAACGCUCAAAAUUCGGCCCACGACAGUCGAAGAUUUGGCGCUGAAAGAGGUGCCGAUCAUGUACAACUUCAGUCAGUACGUUGUGCCGAAGCCAAAAGACUGGGGCAUACACACACACAUCACUGGCUAUUGGUUCCUCGAAACCCCCGACGAGCCGCCGAGCGACGAAAUUGUCGAGUUUAUAAAAAAGGCGCGCGCUGCCAACAAGAAACUUGUCUACAUUGGCUGGGGAAGUAUUAUUGUUCCCGACCCCGAUGCCAUGUCGCGGGCCGUGCGCGAUGCUGUAGAAACUGCAGAUGUCUACUGUAUCCUCUCCAUGGGAUGGUCCGGGCGCGGACAAGAAAAACCGAAACCGAUGCCGCCCUCAGAGAAUAUCUUCACGGUUAAAUCGAUUGCACACGACUGGGUCUUCCCCAAGAUUGACGCUGCUUGCCACCAUGGCGGAGCAGGAACGACGGGCGCAAGUGUCCGUGCAGGCAUCCCCACCGUGAUUCACCCCUUCUUUGGCGACCAGUACUUUUGGGCAAAGCAGGUGGAGAACAUGGGAAUCGGCAUCGCCGUGCAGAGCCUCACGGCAGAGAGCAUGACAUCGGCGCUGCGUCGCGCAACGACCGACGAAGUGUUGUAUGCGCGCUCGAGCCGUAUUGGCCGACUUGUUCGUGGCGAGGACGGCGUAGGGAACGCUGUGGAUACUAUUUACCGCGAGCUGCCGUACGUAUUGAAGCGUGCUGAGGAGCGCGCGAAGCGCAACCAAAAGGAGCGCAAAAGUGAGAGCCGUUGGUUCACGUGGAACACUGUGCCGAAAUUGUCUGUACCGAGCUUGGGAAAAGCAAACAAGGCAGAUGAUGCACAGACUUAA